AUGCCUAAUAUGCACGAUGAGGACGAGUCGGAUCCUAAUUGUCUCAUUCCGGAUGGAAGACUUGGCAAGGAAAGAUUUAAAGAAUAUUUCAACGGAGACGUAUACGACGGACCGCCUUUUCGUUACGAGCAGGAUUGGGAGAUUGAUACAGCUACAUUGCCAUAUCUCCAGCACGUCAAGUCAUUGUCCGCAGCCUGGCCUCAUCUGCGCUACCUUGCACAAUGGAUGGAGGUGACGACAUCGCCUAAUAAAUGGCAGCUUAUCAAAGACUUACAGCCCGCCCAGCUGAGCAGCAUUCGGAGAGAGAGAGCUAGACGGACCAAUGUUGCGUCCGUUGACUUCAUUUCGGGGCAACCAGCUCCGAUUAUCAAUUAUAUGAAUACUCCAGAAAGUCUAGCCCAAUGUCUAGACCAGCAAGCCGUACCAGGUGCCAGCCGAUUAUAUAUUGUGGAAGACCUUUCACGAGAUGUCAUUGAACAUCUCGGUUCCAAGCUUGAUAUCGACCCUCUCUUCUUUCGAGAACACAUCAAUGACUUUACAUGGUACAAUACUCGUGAUCCGUGGGUCGAGCUCCCUGACCUUGAUAUAGUUUCGCGGGAUCGGCCGUACUUCCGCUUAACCUAUAAUCAACCACGAUACUUCAGAACACAAGAAAGCUUCAAUAAAGCACAAAAGCAGGCCGGGAUGUUCAAUGUGCUUCGACGGCUUGACGCUGACGAUGAGCAUGAAUCUCAAUUUGACGAGAAGUCGGCCAUAGUUGCCCUUGUUAGGAGUAAGGCGUCUCUAUGGAUUAGACCGGCUAAAACUGGCCAGCAAGCCGUUGGGGUUCUCCUUAUCGAUCCUUCGAUUACAGAAGGAUAUCCUCUCUGGAGAGGGUAUCGGCCUUUCAAGAAUUCUCCAACGCCCAAAAACCGGACGGGUUAUGAGGUGCCCCCCAAAACCAAUCUCUUCGAAGACUUGAUUUUCUGGGUUCGACAAACAUCUCAGCAGGAUAUCGAUGCCAUCGAAAAUAACCCAAGGGCGAUGGCUUUCCGCAUUCUGGAGAUCAUAUGUGCUGAGUGGCUGACCUUGAGCCGUUAUGUUACUGCGCGCCUAGGCCAGAUUGAAUGGGAAAUCGAGAGCCCUAAAUGGUUCGAUAUACAGAAGCAAGAACUCCAACGCGAGUCUAUAAACUUCAACAUGUCACUUAAAAAGCUUCAUACGUGGCGGCGGCGGCUUCCAAUAUACAGAGCCAUGGUUGCCGAUACACGUACAAUGCUUUUCCCCGAUUCCAAGCCGGGCUCCAAGCACCAGGACUGCAUUGACGAUCUGAAAAAGGACUUUACCAUCGUCGCCGACCACAUACAAGACCUCUUGUCUCGCGCGGAGCGCAUCGCUGCUGUCGCCACGGCUGUGGCCGCAAUCGAGGAGAGCCGGCGCGCCGUUGAGCAAAAUAAAACAUUAGGUCGGUUAACCUAUCUCGCCGUGAUAUUUGCGCCUCUCAGUUUCGUCUCCAGCUUCUUCAGCAUGUCGACCAACGUUUCGGAGCUCACCGGGACGAUCUGGGUGUACUUCUGCGUCGCCAUCCCCGUCAGUCUGCUAGUUUACCUGAUAGUUGAUAAGAAUUGGACGAAUAGCUUGCAAGUCGUUUAUGACCGGGCAAAGGAGGCAAAAGAGAAGCUUAAAAAUCCGAAUCUAAGCGUUGAUAAGUAG